AUGGGAGCCUUUAAUAUUUCUCUUUUGGGCAAGUGGUGUUGGAGAUUGUUGACGGAGAAGGGGGGCUUAUGGUAUCGAGUGUUGAAAUCCCGUUAUGGUGAGGUUGGGGGGCGGAUUAGGGAGGGUGGUAGUGAUUCUUCGGCGUGGUGGAGGAUGAUGUGUCGAUUACGGGAGGGGAUUGGUGAGGGUGUGGGGAAUUGGUUCGAAGAUAAUAUUAGGCGGGUGGUACGAGAUGGGAGAAAUACCUUGUUUUGGUAUGAUAGAUGGAUAGGAGAUGUGCCGUUGCGUUUGAAGUUUCCUCGCCUUUUUAAUUUGGCGGUGGAAAAGGAGUGUUCGGUGGGGGAGAUGGUGGGUCGCGGCUUGGGUAGUGAUGGAGGGGCGUGGGUGUGGAGACGUCGUCUAUUUGCGUGGGAGGAGGAAUCUGUGAGGGAGUGUUCUUUGCUAUUUCAUAACAUUGUUUUGCAGGAUUCUGUUUGUGAUACUUGGCAGUGGCUGUUAGACCCUGUUCAUGGCUACACGGUUAGGGGCGUUUACCGCUUCCUUACAACUACGAGUAACAUGGUGGACAGGUCUCUCGUUGAUGAUGUUUGGAAAAAGCAUGUCCCAUUAAAGGUCUCCUUGCUGGUGUGGCGUCUUCUUCGUAACCGUAUUCCUACGAAAGACAACCUUGCUUUGCGUGGUGUUCUCUCCUCUACAGAUAUGGCGUGUGCGCUUGGUUGCGUUUGCAAUGAAACGGUGAAUCAUCUUUUUCUUCAGUGCACUCUAUCAACUGAUCUUUGGGCUGUUAUUUGUAAUUGGUUAGGCAUUUCGUUUGUGCUUGACGGUGAGCUUCGACAUCACUUUCAACAGUUUACUAAGAUGGCGGGUAUGCCAAUUUAUUCUCAUUUAUUCUUCACGAUUAUUUGGUUUGUCACUAUUUGGGUGAUUUGGAAGGAAAUGAACAAUCGGAUAUUUAAUGGUACGGUUUCCAAUAAUUUUACUCUUAAAGAAAAGGUGAAGCUGCACUCCUUUCUUUGGCUUAAAUCUAAGCAACCGAAUUUUGUUUAUUCUUAA